GGCCUCCUGUUCGAAAUAAAAUAGAAUAGAAUGUCUCGAUGUCGAUUCCCCUGAGACCGGGAUUCUCUCUACCGUCGAAUCGCGAGAUGCCAAGAACCGUCUCAUGAUCCGAUGAGGAGUCUGCAACGACACGAUGAAAGCCGCCAGCGCCUUGGCGAAGUUUCCGCGCAGAGUUUAUUCUGGAAUUCAGCCGACCGGAGUUCCUCACUUGGGGAACUAUUUCGGCGCGAUCAAUCAAUGGAUAAAGUUGCAGAAAUCCUCGGACUGUCUCAUAUGUGUGGUGGAUCUGCACUCGGUGACGAUCCCGCAUUACGAUCCGCCCGUGCUCCGAUCGAAUAUCGAGCUGAUGACAGCAUCCCUCCUGGCGUGUGGAGUGAACGCAGACAGCAUUUAUCUCCAAAGUCUGGUCCCUGAGCACGGUCAGCUAGCGUGGAUGUUCAAUUGCAUCUCGACGAUGAACAGAAUGUAUCACUUCCCGCAAUUCAAGGAAAAGUCUACGGGGAUGAAAGAAACGCCUCUGGGUCUAUAUCUUUACCCGCUGCUCCAAGCUGCAGAUGUCCUCCUGUUCAAGGGCACUCACGUUCCGGUCGGUGAGGACCAGCUACCCCACAUACAUCUGAUAAAAGACAUAGCCGAAACCUUCAAUAAGCGAUUCGGGAAGACAGUCUUCCCUUACUGUGAGCCCCUCUUGAACACGGACAGCGCUCGAGUACGUGAUCUCAAGAAUCCUGAGAAGAAAAUGUCGAAGAGCGCACUGCCGCACGGUCGCAUCGAUAUAACCGAUCCACCAGACACUGUCAGAAAUAAAAUUCGCAAGGCAAUGACAGAUUGCACCUCAGCGGUGACGUUCAAUCCCACUCAGCGGCCCGGCGUUUCGAAUCUGGUCCUUCUCCAUUCCUUGUGUUCUGGUCAGAGCAUCGACGACAUUGUGCGAGACGCCAAGGAGUUGGACACCGGCAAGUACAAGGGGGUUGUCGCCGAAGCAGUGGUCGAGUUCCUGAAUCCGAUCCGCGAACGCACCGAAGAGCUGAACGGAGACAAGCAAAUGCUAUGGCAGAUCUUAAGGAGGAAUGCCGAGCGCGUCAGAGUUCAAGCCGCACAAACGUUGGAAGAAGCCAGAGUGGCGAUGGGUAUGGAUCACGCACCUGCCCCGGAUUCGCACGGCACUUCGCGUCGAUGAUCCGGCGCGAGGAACUCUCCGGAUCAAUGAAGGAUGAGGGUGUGGUUUGUGGGAGCACUAGUCGGACAUACU